AUGGCCUCCGUCUCUCGUUUUAUCAAAGAGCCAAAGACCGCUGCCAUCGUCGGCUGCCCCUUCAGUGGAGGCCAGCCUAAACCAGGUGUCGAUAGAGGUCCGAUUCACCUUGUCGAGGCGGGCCUCGUCGACCAGCUCAAAGGGCUUGGCUGGGAGGUCAAAUUCGACGGGCACCACCAGUUUGAGGAGAUCUCUGCACAGUAUGCCAAUGACCCCGACACAGGUCUUGUCCGAGACCCGCCCAUCGGCCUACUUAAGAACCCCCGUUUGGUCUCCAGCGUCACCGAGAGCGUCGCGCAGGCCGUCGGCUCGCAUUGCGCCAAGGGCGAGCUCCCCGUCACGCUCGGCGGAGACCACUCGCUCGCGAUGGGCACUAUUUCUGGGACACUGACCACGUACCCCGACGCAGGUGUCAUCUGGGUCGAUGCACAUGCCGAUAUCAACACCGUUGAGACGACUGACACUGGCAACAUCCACGGCAUGCCCCUGGCCUUCUUGCUCGGCCUCACUGCCUGCGACACCGUGCCCGAAGCAGCUCCUACCUCAUCGCAUGCCACGCACCCGUUCUCCUGGAUCCCCUCUCCUCCCCUGUUGACUCCCUCACGCCUGGUCUACAUCGGCCUGCGCGAUGUUGACGCCGGUGAGAAGGCCAUCCUCAAGAAACAUGGUAUUAAAGCCUUCUCGAUGCACGAAGUUGACCGCUAUGGCAUCGGGAAAGUCGUCGAGCUGGCUAUGGAGUGGCUGAACAAGGACUAUCAAGGCGCGCACGGACAGCGUCCCAUCCAUCUCAGCUUCGAUGUCGACGCCAUGGACCCCACCGUCGCCCCGUCUACCGGCACCCCGGUCAGAGGCGGGUUGACUUUCAGAGAGGGGCAUUACAUCUGCGAAGCGGUUUACGAAACCGGGAGCUUGGUGGCGUUUGAUCUGAUGGAAGUCAAUCCAUCGCUCGCGGAUGCUGCUGCAGUACAGCAGACUGUCAACGUCGGGUGCUCGUUGGUGAGAGCAGCUCUCGGCGAGACUCUGCUCUAG